AUGGCGACCAGCACGGAGCUACCCACCCUUAAGGAGCUGGAGGAUACUGACGUCGAUUUCCUAAACACUGUUUCUGGUGCCCGUCAGGCUGUGAAAGCCGAGCUUCUCCGAAUGCUAAACUCCUGUUUUGCAGAAUACGCCCAGCUCUUCGUCUAUAAACACCUGAGCGGCAAAAGCAUUCAAAUCGACUACACCCCUGAGUGGCAGUCUGCAUAUGUUCCCGAAGCUGCAAGACCAAUCAGCACAAUCAAUUCGGCGGACCUUCCGUACAUUUCUGCAGUUGAUCUACUUGCGUUCAAGAUCAAUACCUGCGGUAUGCGCCCGACAGUCAGCAAAAAGACCCAGGACGCCCUGAAUGCCAUGGCAAUCGCCGAAAAUAUCCUGGCACAAGGCCCGAUUGUGCUUACAAAUGUUCAAAAGGAGGCCGCAAGGGCUGGAAUUGAAGAUGUGGCGACUUGGAGCAAGCGACAUUCUACUUGGUGGAACCAGAAUUUGCAGCUCUGA